AAUUGGAGACAGCCGACAUAGGAAGAUCGAGCAAUGGAUUCAUCGGCGGACAUAGCAAUAUUAGUGGCAGAGGAAUGUGAGCAGAAGGCGAAUUUAACGGCAGAGAAAGCAUCGGAUUCAGCGGAGGUUGGGUGGUUGAUGGUGUUUGAUAUUAAGGAGAAGAAGAUUGAAAGUUUGAUGAGGAAAUUUGAAGCUAAAUCUCAGUUUGCUGUGGCUGUUUCUAGUGGCUUUUUCUCUGCUUAACUAUUUUCCAUCCUUGUACUAAGUAACGUUGACCUCAUGAUGCAUAUAUGGUUUAGGCAUGAUUUCAAAUAAUCCUUGAUAUAAUACUUUCAUUUGCUUUAUGUUUUGAGUUCUACAAGCUUUGUAUUUAUAAUCUUUUGGGUUAUUUUGUAAUAAGUACAGUUUCUUUGA